UACCUACAUAUUUCAAGAUUCAAAUAUACCGCGUUGGACUUGCGCAGAACAAUGGAUAAAAUAAUCAUAAUCAUAAAAAUAUUCAACAACAUUUGUAUAUGUUGGUGAAGGCUAAGGUCCAGGUUAACAAGCGUGUCAGAGUGAUGUAAUUGCGAGAAAUAACGUUGGAUUUUUUAAUCAAAAUUUUAUUGAAUGAAUAUACAGUUAUUUUAACUAUUUUUAGCCUUUUAAGUACUAAAACUCAUUACUGAUCAUAUAACAGUACCGGCUUCAUGCAUGGUAUCUUACAGCAAGCUCCUCUAUAUUCAACAAAAUACGAUCUACUGUGUGAUUUGCUUGUAUCAGGAAAACAGUCUCUUAAGCAAAUUCUCCCACUAGAAUUUUUAUUUGCACACAUGCGCAUUUUAUUAUAAUUCAGUAAAAAUCUUCUCAGUGCGUUCGUCAGUAAGCUCAUAUCUUACAUAUUUUUCUUAUCUAAACACAUGAACCGUAGUAAAGUAUUACAAAUAAAAAAAGUUCGAAAUCUGUUAUUCAAGUAAUCAUAUUUUCAGAUAUACGUUAAAAUUUACUAUAAAUUUUUCACAGUUUAUUAUAAUAAAUUAAACAAAGUAUAUAAAAUUACAUACGUGUAAAAAAUUAUCAACAUGACUUUGGAAGCUAUCAAGUAUGAUAAAGGCAAGCUAGAAAUUUUAGAUCAAACUCUUCUUCCAUCAAUUACAAGGUAUGUUACAGUUUCUGGAGUAAAAGAUGGUUGGAAGGUUAUUAAUCAAAUGCAGGUUCGAGGAGCUCCAGCUAUUGCUAUGGUUGGUUGUCUCAGUCUUGCUGUAGAACUCGAAAAUGAAACAUAUUCAGAUAAAGGUAUCAUCAGACAAGAGGUUGAAGGAAAAAUGAAUUAUUUAAUAUCCGCAAGGCCUACGGCUGUCAAUAUAAAAAAAGCUGCUGAGAAACUUAUAAAGCAUGCCUAUAGGCUAUAUGAAGAUGACAGCGUGUCAAUCUCUGAAAUGAUUGAGGACUUACUAAAACUCAUUCAUGGUAUGUUUAAAAAAGAUAUUGAUGAUAAUAAAAAAAUUGGUGACUUUGGUGCUGCUGAAAUUUUGAAGUAUAUACCGGAAAAUAAUUCAGUUCGUAUAUUGACACAUUGUAAUACUGGAUCUUUAGCUACUACAGGUUAUGGAACUGCUCUAGGUGUUAUUAGAUCUCUUCAUAAUAAAAAUAGAUUAGGAAUGGCAUAUUGUACAGAAACAAGACCUUACAACCAGGGUGCUCGCCUGACUGCUUAUGAAUUAGUAUAUGAAAAUAUCCCCGGGACUUUAAUAUGUGAUGACAUGGUAGCAGCAUUGAUGAAAUCUCGGGAAAUCACAGCCGUUGUAGUGGGUGCAGAUAGAGUUGCUGCUAAUGGAGAUACUGCUAACAAAAUUGGCACAUAUCAGAUAGCAAUUAUUGCAAAAUAUCAUCAAGUACCAUUUUAUGUUGCUGCACCAAGAACUUCAAUUGAUUUCGAUAUUAUCAGUGGUGAUUUUAUUCCUAUUGAAGAGAGACCCGAACGUGAAAUGACACAUCUCAAUGAUCAGAGGAUAGUUGCAACCGGAAUUCAAUGUUGGAAUCCAGCGUUUGAUGUCACUCCAGCUAAUUUAAUAACAGGAAUAAUCACUGAACUCGGUGUUAUCGAACCAGGGGCUUUGCAUCUUGUGCAUGCUAAUUAAGGCUUUUUAUUAUAAUGUUUAAUGAUUGAGUAUUAUUGACAGCUAAUAGAUUUAGAAAAAUAUUCCUUUUUUUACUGAUUGUUAUGCAGUAUAUUUGCUCGUAAAAUUUUUUUAUUCAUAUAAAAAUAUGAAAAAUGUAUCCAACAGAUAAAAAAGAGAAAUUGAUUUAUAUUUUAUUAAAAUACAACUCUGUAUAUAAAAUAUAUUUUUGUAAAAACUUUACAAGAGUAUAAUAUAUUGAAACAUAUUGGAAUGAAUUUUCAAUGAUGGAAUAAUCGAAUGUUAGUAUGUGCUAAAGUAAUAUUAUGCUCAUUACAAGCUUGAAUUACAACACUGUCAUUAGUUGAGCCUUCCGGGCUUCCGAUGAAUCGAACUCCACUCUAAAAAAACAACAGAAAGAAUUUAAAAAAUACAAAAAAUGAUUUAAUAUCGAACAUUUAUUAUUAACACGAAUUAACUAAGCAACGUUUAAGUAUACAUACCAGACGAGCUCUGUCAAUAUUAUCUCUGAAUGGGAAAAAUGCAUCACUACUUAAAGCAACAUUAUCAAGCUUUUUAAUCCAUUCAGUUUUUUCUUGUUGACUCAGUUUUUCAGGAACAACUUGGAACAUAGAAG